UCGAAUCUAGUUCACAUACGAUUUUUAUUUUAAUUCCUCGAAAAUAGCCAAUUCCAAUGGGAACGUCUGAGAAAAUCGACCCGGCGCCUUCGGAAGCACCCCAAACGGACAAAUUCCAACCGUUCACAGUAGAAAUCCUUAGAUUGAUCAAAGACUACCAACAACAGCACGGUCUGCGGCACGGCGACUACCAGAGGUACAGGGGCUACUGUACGCGCCGAAUCGGCCGCCUGCGGAAGGUCUUGAAGCUCCCCCAGGGGGACCGCAGGCACUUCAAGAAACGCGACGUCACCGAAGCCCACGUGACGAGCCCCAAAUCCGACGAGCGAUUCCUCCACAUUCCUUUAAUGCUCUCCGAACGGUGCUGGUCGUACGCCAUGCAACUCCGACAGGAAUCCAACACGGAGCCCAGGAAGAAGUUCCAUUUAGUGCAGAAGCUCCGGAAGGCCUGCGUGUACGCUCUACAGCUCGACGAAUUGUGCAAACAAGAGCGAUGCGAUGUACGCACGAAACUCGAAUCGCAAGCCUACCUGGCCUGGAUCCAGGGCUCGUUGCAAUUCGAGCUGCAAUUGUGGCCACAAGCGGCCGAGAACCUCAAGAAAGCGCAGCUCAUCUACGAGAAGAUCUCGAGCACGUUGCCCGACGAGCUGCAGCUGCCCUACAAGCAACGAUCGGAGGAGAUCGGCCCCAGUUUGCGCUACUGCGCCUACAACAUCGGCGACGAGAAGGCGGUGGAUUUGUUGGAGUUGCGCAGCCAAGGCGUGCUGGAGAACUUCGAGGCUUUGGUCAGUCAAACGCAGGAGAAAACUGAAGAUGUUUUGUACGAGGUGAAAUGGUUCGAUGCGAUCGUACCGGUGAGGAUCGAGCGAAUUAGAUUGUUCCUGGUGAGCAUCGAGGGGUUGAAGGAGUCGCUCGAGCACGCCGAAGACAGCCAGGCGAGGAUCAAGAUGUUGGAGAAUCUGUUUAUCGAUCUCAGGGAUAUCGUGACGUUGGCCAGAGAGAGCGUUCGUAACGAUAAAUUGACCGUUAAACAGACGAAGGAAUGUCAGUUGUUGUUGGCCUAUUUGCUGUCGAUUCGAGUCGAAAGGACUUCGCAGAGGAAUUUGAUUUUGGUAUUGCAAACGAGGAAACCGCAGGAUUGCGUUCGUCUGCUCGACAUUAACAUACAACAAACCAACGAGAUAUCUCAAAACGAGGCAAUCAAAGACAACGAGCGUGUUCGAAAAUACUACGAAUCCCAAAUGAGAGCUUACAAAACGAUCAGAUCGUUUUAUUUGGGUAAAGUGCACGCGGCACAGAAACGUUGGAAAGAAGCCGCCAUUUUGUUCGAUUCUUCUAAUAAAUCCGCUCGAGAUACAAAACAAGUAGGAAACUUCGUAUCGGAGCUCGACGAGUUGCUGAAAACCGUCAAGGAAAAGGCCGAAUUAGAGCUGGCAGCCAGCAAAGCCAACUUGAUAUUGGACCAGCAACAGGAGGACGUUCCGUUGCAAUUCCCCCAAAAGACCUACAAGAGCAAAAAACCGCUGUACGAGCGUUUGGACGAAUUCAGGGAGGAUCCGCAAUUGCUAUCGAAAAAUCCCAAUUUGGUAACGUUACCGCCCCAAAUGGAGCCGGUCCCUGCGAAACCGCUCUUCUUCGAUUUGGCCUUGAACUUUGCGGAAUUCCCCGAUCUUACGGAGAAAUUGGAGGGGUCCCAGCCGAAGCAGAAACAAGGAGUUGGUAUAUCCGGGUUCGUUAAGGGCCUGUGGGGUUGGGGAAAAUGAAUAUUUAGGAUUGGUUUAUUGUUUAAUUUUCAUAGGUUAUAUGAAUAAAAUGGAUUUAUAUUAG